CACAAUCCGGCCUUGACCUGUAGCCAGCGCUGCAUGGACAUUGCCCGUAGCUAAUUACACUCGCCUUUCUCUGUUUAAUUUCAACCCACCACUGACCCACGCCGCAGCUGAACCAGGCUUUGUCAUUCAGUUGUUCGAGUUGCCAUGAUGGCAAGGAGCGCCGUUGCACUGAACCCUGCGUCUACGCCCUUUUUUCCAGGAGGUAUCCGCUCGCACGAAGACGAACUCAUGUCCAGUCUCAGCCGUCGCCCCCUUCACGAGCAGGAUCGCAGCUCCCUCUCCUCCCUGUCCAUAUCGCCCUCAGAGUUUCGGUCGGUGAGAUCCUCACCCAGUCCGCCUCAGCUGAGUGGGGAUCCCGAUAUCAAUCACGUCAGACAAGUCAAUGGAGAGAACCACCGAUGGUCACCUCCAGCGCGCAGCGUUGACGGUGGCAACAAGCUCGAAUCUCGUCGAACGAGAGAAGGGAGCAUGUUGGGCGGAUUGGAUCCUCUUGCCGAGCAUGACGACAGCCAAGAUACUCCAGGGCUCUUCGAAGGAAGUCUUGCUCCAUCGUACUUUCCCUUCGAGCCAACCCCUCCGGUGGCUGUGAACAAUGGGGCCUCUCGCAAUGCGUUUGGCGGACAUACGUCGUCCUCCCCGGUCUCCUCAUUGGACUCCGGAAGUCAUUUCCCCCCUCCCAUGGACUCCGCACAGCAAGCUUUCGAAGCCCAAUUGAAGGCUUCGCCGCUGAUCCAAGGCAUCCUCGAUCGCUUGUCGCGCACCGAGUCCUCCACCCGCGAGCUCCAGAACGAGAUUGGGGAGAUGCAGCGAAAGGUCAUUAUCCUUGUUGAACGUUCCCUUGGUCUCGGUGCCCAGUCCGAGUUCAAACCUGAAUUCAAGGACCCCUUUGCCGUAAAUGGCAACGGCGCCAGUUUCUCGCCGCCUCCGCUCAACGGGCAUCGUCCUUCGAUAGGAAAUAUUGCGCCGAAUCAAGCAACGCCAGGGGACGAUAUGGUGUCAGUGUCUCAGCGCCUCGACAUGCUCACUGCAUCCGUUGGCCAACUGACUGCGGCGUCGCAUCAGAUCCACGCGUCGAUCUCGCCGUUGGCCAACAACGGAAUGCUCGGUUCCAGUACUCAGCAAGGGGAUCUGGCGCCGAACCAGCUCAUGCCCCCCAGUGGCGUGACUAAUCCCGCCCUGCUCGGUCACGGUCUUCCGAACCGUCCCGAUUUGCGGCCGACAGCCAGAGCACCGACGGCGCCGCCCAUGCGGACCUGGUCUGCCGGUACUCUCGACCUUCCAAUGCGUCCGGGAGAUGCGACUCGACAGGACAACAUGCUGCGUGAUAAGCGUCGCUCGGUGUCCAGCCUGGCCCGACGCGACUCAGCCGGGAUUCUAGACUUGCAGAACGACAGUUGGAACGGUGGCUCGCGCGACAAUAGUCCGAUGAUAUCCAAAUGGGAGCAGCUCGCCCUCGCACCUGAGUUGUUGCGGUCGCUGAGCAAGUUUGGGGUCGGACCGCCAAACAAGAUUCAGCAGCGUGCGCUGCCAUUCUUGCUCCGGGGUGCGGACAUUAUCGCCCAAGCUCCACCGACUCAGGAGCGCAUUGCUGCAUAUGUGAUUCCCGCCAUCCAGAUUGCAGUGACGCAUCUUUCGGUCCGAACCCAGAACCGGGGGCCGACCGUGAUUAUGGUGUCGACCACUGUGGACCAGGCGACGCAAGCUCAACGAAUGAUCCGAGACCUGGGAGGGCCGAUUGGGGUGCGGUCUGCGCUUGGAGUGGGUUCCACUACGAGUGAUAUCAGUCAGGAGCUGCGUCUUCUGCAACAGAACAUGCCGCAUAUUAUUUGUGGCACACCCCAGAAGCUGCACGCCCUGUUCACUGCCACCGGUGGUCUCGUUGCGUCCGAGGUUCGGUUCCUGGUGCUGGAUGAAGUUGAUCAGCUGAUUGCGCGCAAUCUGCAUGAGUUUGUGUUCAACAUUGUGAAACUGUUGCCUCCCCCGCGUUCGCGUCCUCUGGGCCCCGGGACGCCCAACCCGAGUGCGACUCCCGUUGGGUCUACUCCACCGACAUUCACAUCUCCGUUCGACACGCCGAAUCAGGGCCGCCGGUUCUCGUUAGCGCCCUCGCCUGCGCCUGACGCCAAUGCACCCAUCGAGCGCCAGACUGCGCUGUUCUCGAACACAGUGCCCCAGGACGUGCUCAAUCUCGCGACGACGAUCCAGCUUCGCGAGCCCGUGCGCGUCUUGGUCCGCCGUGACGGGAAUGUGACGCAUGCCGAUACCACGCAGAGUUCCCGUGGUCUGCGGCAGUUCUAUUUGUAUCUUGCCUUCACCGCUGGCGGCGGGCGGGCUGAUCCGCUCUCUGCCGCUCCUGCGGGUGGUCUGGGGAUCAUCGGCUCGGGCGCGUUGGAUGCGCUCGCGGACUUGUUUGACGAUGUUGAGGUGACCCAUGCGGUGGUGCAUGUCGGAGGGAUGACUGCGCUCGAUGCUGUCGUGUACAAGCUGGCCAGCCGUGGCCUGGAGGCGAUCCCGCUGCACGGAGACAUGAAUCCGGGCACGAAGAUGGCUGCGCUGAACAAAUUCCGAAGCUCGACGUCGAUGAUCAUGCGCCAGCCGGCGGCCAAGGUUCUGGUGGCAUAUGACGUGCCGGUGAAGGCGCCUGAAGUGGCCCAUGUGCCGCUCAUCAUUUAUGAUCUGCCGAAAGCCGUUGAAGAAUAUGCGCACCGUGUCGCCCCGGCGAUAGCAUCGACUUACUCUCGUGCUGGGGUGAUUGUCAACUUUGUGACUGCGACGGGCGGCGAUGUCGAAAUGUUACGGUCCAUAGAGUGUUUUUACAAAAUCAAAUGCCCUGAAGUUCCGAUGUCUCUGCGCGAUAUUGUCUGACGACGCUGUUUUGUAUCCCUAUCGACUGCUCUGACCCACUAUAUAUCUCUACGACGCAUUUCCUUCCUUCAUGUCCGAUACCCUUUAUAACUGCACCUGUCCAAAUUGUCUCGUUACUACUCGCCGCCACUGUAUUAACUACAUUUCAACGCUAACUACUCUCAAUGUACCUUCUUCACUGCAGCUUGCCAAUUCACG